UACUCCUCCGUCUCUAUGGACAAGGAUUGCUUUAAGCUUCGUUCGAAUACAAAAAAGAAGCUUCUCUUUAACGUAUCACAGGUUCUGACUCCAUCCAGCAACCCUUUGAAAUUUGAAAAGUGUUUUGGGAUUUUGAUGGCUGUAGGUCAAGAUUUACCUCGGAACAAGUUACACCUUUUGGACAAUGCACAAGUAUCUACUAACAAUCUUCCAGAGUGUUCCAUAUUCACAGUUUCUGGUUUCUGGGACACUAGUCUACCUUCCCUAGCAAUACUGAAUGAAGACACUUCUAAAUCUAAGCAUCACUUCAUCACAAUUGCUGUUGAUGCUGUAGCUCAUAAAGUCAGUGAACCAAUCAGAAUGAUAAGAGAGGUGAAGGUUCGUAUGUCAAAAGGUGAGACUUUCAGUUCGCUUCUUUCAACUUUAACAAGACGAAAACUGGCAGUGGAAACAAUGAUACUGUCACUAGAGAAAGUUCCUUCUAGUGAUCAGUACAAGAUAAAAUCACUUAAAAGUAUAAGAGAGACUUCAUCUCCUUCGCCGUCUUUACCAAGAGGAGGAGAAAAGACAGAAGUUGGGAGGGUUGCAUCUGAAGACUCACCUUUAGUGAGAAAGACGACGAAACACAAAGUGAAAGAAGUGAAGGACACUCCAGAACACGAGGACAGUGAUCAAGCCGACGAUGACGACAUUUUGGUGAGUGGGUGGGGAGGCAAAAGCGAAGAGGAUUUAAGUGACAAUUUAUUGAAACUCUGGAGCGACAUGUUAGAGAAAUGGGACGGGAGAGACAAGUGGGAACCUAAAGGAGAGAAAACCCGCUCAAGACAACUCAUAAAACUCGUUCGAAAAGGUAUCCCUGGCCCUCUAAGAUGCCAAAUAUGGCAGAUGUUGUCUGGAGCUGAUAACGAUCCACAACUCAUCGAGGCUUUUAGGAUACUGUGUACUAAA